GGCAGCGUGACGUCACGCGGCGCGCCCGGCGCCACACGCACGGUGAGGACAGGGGCCGCCGCCGACUCCCGCACUCACCGCGGCGGGGCUGAGGGGAGCAGGGCCGAGCUGCGGCGCGAGGGCGGAGAGCGCGGCGUGGAGGAGCUUCUGCCAGAAGAGCUGAACGUGAGAAGGCAUUUCUAAGUCUCUGAAAUGAGGAGUGGCAAGGCUGCACGGCUGGUGGCAAGCUCACCUUGCCGUAGAGUUCACCUGAAAUCUGCUGGCUUUGUAACAACUACUUAAGAGAUAUUUAAAGAAGCUUUUUCGUGUUUCCUUUCCUCACCGCCUCUCCGCAGCUGCAGUCAGCAUUUGUGUUCCUUCUGAGGCUGGCAAAGCGCGCUCUGCCCAUCCCAUGCAAAUCAGAAUUGGAGCUGUAGAGUGAAUAAAUUGAAGCGUUUGUUCCAAAGUGAUUGGCGAGCUGGGGCUGCCUCUCUGUUCUAUCACAGAUCCUCAAUGGAGUUUAUGAAACAAGGAGCCUUCAAAUGAUGGCGAUGCUUACAGCAGAACAGGCUGGGAGUGAAGCGUCAGGAAGCUUUAGCUAAAAGCACAGAGCACCAAAUUGUGCCUUUGGGUCAGCAGCUGUGCCUCUGCAUUUGUAACAGGAAUCACCACAGACGACAGAGAGGUGAAACGAUGUCCAAGUUGCCAAGCCUCUUGCAGUGAUGUGGGGGCAUGUGUUAGGAAUCAGAUUCUGCAGUAGCUGUGGUUCUGUGCACCAUGUUCUGUGCACCAAGGUGGUGGAGGGCCUGCUCUUCCCAGAGGACAGCAGUGACCCUGCUCCUAACUGUUCUGGUCUGAUGUCAGGGUACAUUCAGCAACUGGAGCUCCAGGUUGGCAAGUAGGUCCCAAGACAGCCCAGUCAUGUGCUGUGCUCAGCAUCUGCACCUCAUCGCACUCAUGCACUUACUUUGCAGCGCUGCUGCAUUGUCCUUCACAGACAGUAAAGUACCUUUGACAAUCCCUAAAGUCAUCAUUUUGGUAAAUCUAAUCCAGGUGGAGUGGGAUCUGUCUUUGGGGAAGGAGCAGUGUUGCAGCUCCUGCAGUGUUUGUCUUGGGGAUGUUUGUGGUCUGCGCUGGAGCAGUGGCACCACUUACAUGACAAAGUACUCAUUUACACAGAAUGAGAAUGGGAUUUAAUUCUUCAUUUCUGACACAGAUUCUUGGCACACCUGGAGCGUGGGUUCAGCAGGCAGCCAGCUCUCCAAAAAUCGGGGAGGUCAGGACUUUCCUAAACUCACAGUCUGCCUCCUGCGGUGCUCAGAUAACAUCGCUUUCAUCACUUCUUCAUCACAUCAGACUCUGGCUGGAUCACUGUUGCAGUAGCACAGCAAAUGAGCUGCUCGGCAUCUGGCAUCGAUACUGGCGUUCAGCAGCGCUGCAGUGCUGUCACUGUGUGCUUGAUUCACAGAUACGAAGGCAGUGGCACAGACAGGGUCAGCGUUGUUACAACACAACGGGGACACCUCAGAGUUUCGGUGACUCACCCAACGCCUGUUGCAAAAUCGCAGUGAAAGGAAACACGGCCGUUCCCGAGCUGGGGCUCUGAUUCAGCAAAGCACUGCAACGAGCACUUAACUUCAUGCAGGAGCUCAGGCUGCUUGCAUGGGGGCAGAUUUAAGUCUCAGUGCCAAUGCUUUGCUGGACUGGGUCUUCAGGUUUCAACAGCGAAUUGCUUUUUACAGCUAUUUCAAUUCUUUCUUUAGGUGGUGGAAAUACUCUUACGCCAAUUGAAUUGUGUGGAAAAACAGUACACGUGGUGGUCUUCCACACGCACUGGGGCUUUUGUGGUGUUGGUUUGUUUCAGAUGACAGCAGUCAUGCGACAAGAAGUGCUGGGCCUCUACCGCAAGAUAUUUCGGAUAGCCAAAAAAUGGCAGUCAGCAUCAGGACAGGCGGAAGAAACUACUGCAGAGAGGGAGUACAUCAUAAAGGAAGCCAAAACAUUGUUCCGAAAAAACAAAGAUGUGAUGGAUCCAAAGCUGAUUAAGCAGUGCAUAGACGAAUGUGAGGCAAGAAUACAAAUUGGACUUCACUACAACAUCCCCUACCCAAGACCUAUCCAUCUGCCUCCCAUGGGUCUUACCCAGAAACAAGGCCGUACAUUUCGACACCAGGAAAAGCUGAGGAAGAUUUCUAAGCCAAUAUACCUGAAAUCCCAUGACGAAAUUUCAUAACCCAUCAUUUCAGCUGUGAUGUGUUGGGACUGCAGUGCAGGUGGUUUGCGUGCACAGCUGUGAAUGAAGCUGUUCCGGUCACUUGCUUCCACAUCACCUGAGGCCUCACCAGAAAGCUACAGAUGUGAUGCACAUGAUGGCCAGGGCUGGGCAGGUAUUUGCUACAGCUCAGCCACUGACUGAUCAAUAAAAGUGGCACUUGGCAAGGAGUGAGGCGUGAUGCUUUGACAUCAGGACAAAUUACAACAGUUUUUCAAAUCCUCUUAAACUAUAAAAGGGUUCUUCCAUGGUUUGAGAAUUAUACAUGCUCAGUUAUGAUUCAGGGCAAGGGUCAGCAAAAAGAAACAUGAUGGUUUCAUAGUACCUUUAUGGUGCAGUGUAUUUUCUAAAGAGACAGUAGCAAAGGCAUGACAGAAAUGCCACUGUUCAUUUUCUCUUUUUUCUUUUUUUUUUCUUUUUUUUUUUUUUUUGGUAACUGCUCAGCAAUAGCCGGAGCCUCUGUGUCAGCUCCUUUCUCCCAUCCUUUGGGGAGGAGGAGAAAUAACAAUUUGUAUGGCUAAUGAAGGUCCUGCUGCUGUGACUCACCUGGCAAAUAAAUGGUCACGUAAAUGAGCACUCUAAAUUUACUGUCUGUGUUAUAGUCACAACUCUUUCCUGAGUGAGCAUCAAUCUCUAAAAUUGAAGACUACUUACACCAAAUGGAAGUCAUAGUACGAGUUUAGUUCUGAGGGGAAGGAGAACCAGCCUCAACAGAGUGUGUGCUGGGGAGGUCAGAGGAGGCAGAUUUCUCAGCCAGCACUUGUAUUAAAUUCUGUGAAGAAGUGUUCCUAUACGUUAAUUUUAAUUGCAGGAAGAUGCUGUCCUAAAAUGCCUCCUAGUUCCUGAGAGUCUGUGAUGCACUGGAUUCCUGCACUUCCUCAACUCUCCCUUACUCUCCUUCCAGUAAAUCCUGCCUGUUCCCUGCACAUCACUCUACUCAGGGGGUCUGGAAGCAGUUUAGAAUAACAACCCUCAGGUUCAUUUGAUAUUCUUUCUGAAGGAAAGCUGAGCCAGCUGUCUGGAUGCCUGCAGGUGAGCGGGUCAGCAGCGCAGGUGUGGUUUCUGGAUAAAACAUCUGGCCUUGAAUAUCUGAAUAAUGUCUUCUUUCUGGAAAUCCACACCCCACCAGCUAAAAGGUUACUGGUAGCCAGAGACUUAGGAGACCAAACUGAGCACUAAUGUUAGCAACAAGCAUAUCAGUGCAUCUCAGACAUGGCACCCACUUACCCGGUGUGCCCAAGCUGCAUUUCCAGGGGUGAAAAAACUCUUCUUACACUGUGGCAGUGCUGUGAUCUAUUCCAAGGGAAGUGUCACAGCAGUGCAUUUAAGAAGGAAUAAGUCAUCUGAUGUAUCCCAGUGAUGCACGUUUGCGUCUGUAACACAGUUAGAUCCUGUUUAUGGCCCCACUGCCUAUCUGUCAGAACUUAGGCCAGUAACAUUCAUCUUUUAUCCACAGACAGAAUGUCACUUAUCUGAUCAUACCUCUGCGUUCAGUUUCAGGAAUACAAAUUACAGGAGGGACCUGCAAGACCUGCACCUGUCACUAAUAUUUCUAGUUAUCCAAAUAUUCUAGAUUACAGAAACAUGUCCAAAGAAUCUGGGGCCUUUUUGCCUUCUCACUGUAUCAUUUUCUCUUUUCACAACCCAACAAGUGUAGAAUGAGAGGCAGCACUUUCUACUUCUGAAACAUCUUUUUGCACAGAUAAGGCAUAAGAAAAAAGCUUCAUCUCUGAGAAAACAUUCUGGCCCUGCCUGUUGUGCAGCAUCCCUCGCUGAACUGCUGUCUGCUGUUUUUUAGGAAGGAAUGUUUUUGUUCUGUAAUGCCUGUAUACAGUAUUUCCCUGUCUGCCUCGAGUUAUUAGUAAGGCUGAGAUUUAGAUUUUCAGAAAUUAUGGGUUUUUUUAUUCUGGUUUGUAAUAGGAGUUUCUAAUUGAGAAAUACUAGGCCCACAGAGCCAGAUAUUCUGCUAUAACUGCCAUUACAUGGAAUUUCAGCUGUCUGCCUUCUUUCCCAUUUUCAUAGUGGAAUUAAAGUCAGUCCAACUAACA